CUUCAGGUUUCAAAGUUCAAAAGUUCAAAGUAAAAUUUAUUAUCGGAGUAUACGAAUGUCACCACAUACAACCCCGAGAUUCUUUCUCUACAGGCAUACUUAGCAAAUCUAUAGAACAGUAACUGUGAACACCACGAACUAUACUCUGCAGAUAUAAAUAAAUAUCAAUAGCUAGCAUGAAAUAACAAUGUACUGCAACAGAGUCCUGAAGUGAGUGUAACUAUCCCCUUUUGUUCAAGAGCUUGACGGUUGAAGGGCAGUAACUGUUCUUGAACCUGGUGGUGCAAGUCCUGAGGCGCCUGUAUCUGUACCUGAACAGCAUCUUCUUAGUUCACUUACCGAAAUACUGACUGUUUCUGUCCCUACUGAUGCUGACUGUUUCCAUCACUACUCUAGUUCACACUCUGCCCUCUCAGCAGAGACGUGUGAGUUCUUCUCCCUGGCAGCACCUGUGGAGAUGAGUAAACAGUCAACGUUCCGGACCGAGACCCGUCAGAUUAUUCAUGUUCACGGAUGCAGCCUGGCCUUCCUCCGCCGCUCUGGGGAAUUUCCUGUGUUUCCGUUCGCCUCUCCCCCGAUCUCGUCGCCGCUUCCCUCUGAUCUCGCGAGAGUUCCGGCGCGGCGCCGGUGGCGCGAAACCGCUUCUCGUGAUGGCGUCCGCGAAGGAGUCCCGGAGUCGGAACCUGCCCUGGGUGGAAAAGUAUCGGCCCCAGACCUUGGAUGAUCUUAUUUCCCAUCAAGAUAUCCUUAACACAAUUGAGCGAUUUAUCAAUGAAGAUCGGCUCCCUCAUCUGUUAUUCUAUGGACCACCAGGAACUGGGAAAACAUCUACCAUAUUGGCUUGUGCCAAGCGACUUUAUAAGGACAAAGAAUUAAAUUCAAUGGUUUUAGAGCUGAAUGCCUCCGAUGACCGAGGUAUUGACUCAGUCCGUGGACCAAUAUUGAACUUUGCCAGUACCAGAACAAUUUUCAAGAAAGGCUUUAAGCUUGUUAUCCUAGAUGAGGCAGAUGCUAUGACUCAGGAUGCUCAGAAUGCCCUCAGAAGAGUGAUUGAGAAAUUUACAGAAAACACAAGGUUUUGCCUGAUCUGUAACUACCUGUCAAAGAUCAUCCCUGCUCUACAGUCUCGAUGUACGAGGUUCCGCUUUGGACCACUGACAGCAGAACAGAUGAUUCCAAGAUUGGAAUAUGUCAUCCAAGAAGAAAAAGUCGACAUAACUCCAGAUGGAAUGAAAGCUAUUUUGACUCUUUCCAAUGGUGACAUGCGACGAUCUUUGAAUAUUUUACAAAGCACAAACAUGGCAUAUGACAAAGUGACGGAGGAUACAGUGUACACCUGCACAGGUCAUCCACUAAAAUCAGAUAUCGCAAACAUCCUUGAUUGGAUGCUCAACAAAGACUUCACCUCUGCAUAUAAGAAUAUCAUGGAAUUAAAGACGUUAAAAGGUUUAGCCCUGCAUGAUAUUCUGACUGAGGUUCAUACUUUUGUACAUAGAGUUGAUUUGCCAUCUUCAAUUCGCAUUCAUCUAUUGAUCAGGAUGGCAGAUAUUGAGUAUAGGUUGGCAUCAGGAACCAGUGAGAAAAUACAGUUAAGCUCACUUAUUGCUGCAUUUCAGGUUGCCCGUGAUAUGGUUGUAGCUGAAGCCUAAUGCCUUGUGAGAAACUACAUUGAUAAAUUAAACAUUGUUUAAAGUUUUCAUGUUUGGAACUUAGCUUUGAUUGGUAUUUUGUCAAAUUUCAAAGAUUGAUAGAUAUUAAAACAGAAUUCAAAUGCACUUUCAUGACAAAGGCUUUAAAGUUGUAAUAAUGUUUGAAAGCUCAAGUUCGAGAUUUUCUCAGUCCAUUUAUAUUUUACAGCUGCCUUGCCAUAUUCCGACAAACACAAACAAGGAAGGUGGGCAUUAGUUCUGAGGAAAUCCAAAACCCAUUGUGCUUUAAUAAUUCAACACAUCACUUUUUCUGUAGUAUUUUGUUGUGUUGUGCAAAAAAAAAAUAGUUAAAAUGCCAAACAGAACAUCUAUGAAGUGAUCUGCAAAUUUAACCACCAUCACCAGCUUUGAGAAUUUGUUUCAAAACAGAUAUACCGUGUCUUAUUGGCCAAUUUGGUACAAUAUAGUAACUGACAGAAAAAAAUUUAAGUUGCAAAUUAAAUUUUUAAAAAGUGUUCAAACCUUGAAGAAGUUUUUUUUAAACUGUUAUCCUAUCAUAUUAGUAGUUUCCUGGUUGACAGAGAUGCAGAUACCGGUCAAAACAAAACAAUGAAGCUCGCAGAAAUGCAUUUAAUUUUGUCUGAGGCAAUGAGUAGCAAUUCCUGUUGUAUAGCAUUUCCAAAUAUUUUCUGCACUUAGUUGUCUUAUUAUAGAGUUAAAGCUAAAAUUCAAGCAGUACCUUAUUGUGCAAUCAAAAUGUACUUUUUCAUAGAAUUCGUAAGUAAUUGCAAAGCUAAAUAUUUCUUUGAGUUUAUCCUUAAUACAAGGUCUCAUGGUCUAUUUCAAUAUUGUCCGUACUAUGCUUGUGCUCACGCUCCACUGAAACCUCCUCCCAUCAUCUAAAUUUCAGUACAUGCUUUUAUUUCCCCUUCAUUUAGAGGGAGGCUGAAUAAUCAAAUCUCUAUACUAGCAACACAAACAAAAUGCUGUGGGAACUCAGUAGGUCAGGCAGCAUCUAUGGAAAAAUGUAGUCGACUUUUCAGGGUGAGACCCUUCAGAAGGAGUGAGUGUUACUUGGAUUUCCAGCAGCUGCAGAUACUCUCGUUUGAAAUCUCUAUACUGUCUGCGUCAACUAUUCCUAAUCAUAGCAAGAUAGCAUUCAAUCAUUCACAAGGACUAAUUUAAAUUUCUGAAAAUUUAUCUGUAACAAAUCCUGACUGAUUAUUAAAUGAAGACACAAAGCCAGCCUGUUAUAUGGGAAAUGUUUUUUGCUGAAUUAAUAUGAUUAAGGCAAUUACUCAGUGUUUCAUAAGUCAUUAAAGCAAAACCUGUAUUUCCAACAAAUUAAUGCGAGAUUUUAAUUUCAUAAGUUCUGUAAGAGUUAUGCUCAAGUGGCCAAGUUUUCUUCCUGCAAAGUAUACAAAUAUUUGUUGAAAUGUAGUAUUUCAGACUAAUACAGUUGGAAUGUGUUCCUCAUAAUUCCAAGUCUAAAUAUUUCCACACAGAUUUUAUUUCACUAAAUAAGACAACAUACAUGAAACAGCAAGUUGAUAAUUCCAUUGAGAUGGACAAAAAUACAAACUGUUCCAACAAAAUCUAGCAUGUCACAUUGUACUGCAUUGUCUUUAGGUGUUUUCAUUGUUGUAGAGAAAUCAAACAGCAAGAAGCUAGAACAUUGAUAGGGCUCCCUAAACAAUGAAACUUACGGGCAUAAGGAUUAUUCAGAGCACAGUGUUUUCACUCUGGAGCAGAAAUAGAUUAACCUGCCCCUGUGGUGUGUGGUAAGCCUGUGGCUUGACUUGCAGCAUGAAACAAGUGGCAAGAAUGAAUAUUUGGUUAAGUGGAUUGUUGAGAUCAUACAAGGCAGAGACUACAAAAGGAGAUCGUGGCAAUGUUCUGGGUUAAAUUGAGCAAAAAUCUAACUGCUUACCUUAAAGCCUUUAAAGUGCAGGUGUGCAUUCAAAGCAUAUACGUCCCAACGUACAAAAAUACUCAUUUUAAAAAGGUUUGCUGAGAAAGCUUUAGAGCCUCUUCAGCAAAGACAAAUGUAAAAUCACACUGAAAAGUUGGCAUUUUGGUGCAGUAAGAUUAUAAUUGUGAGUGAUCACAUCUCAAUGUGACAGGUAAAAUUUAACUUUGUAAGAUACGAAGUUCAUUAUAGUCAUACUUGUAAAGCUAUUAAUAAAACAAACCCACUGCAGUUUUAGUCCCACUGAUUGCACAAUAUAGUGUUUUUUCCCCAUGGCUAAAUGAAUUAAGCCAAAGAAGCAAACUUCUUGUGAGGAUUCUUUA